UGACGCUCAGGUUUGCUCGCUUGCUCGCAACAUGACUGGCUCACGAGAGGUUCGAGUGAUGACAGCUCACAGCCUUCAUUUCAACGCAACUUUGGAUCUCCAUGAUGACGAGAUGAAAACAGCGGUUUUUGAGUUCAAAGUUUUCAACAUAGUCAUCAUUGCCUUGGCCUUGUGUAUCCUCAUCAUCACCGCCAUCUACUGCAUCAGUAUGUGCUACAACCGCAGCAGGCAAUCAAAGAGAGCCCAGCUUUAUGAGAGCGCAGUGACCCAGGGGGAGCCAGCGGACCCCGUUGCAGUCAGAGCGGUGAAGAGGUCGAACAGUUUCAUCAACCCACUGGCCUUCUUUCGGAGAGCAGAAGCAGCUAAAGACAACUCGAGAAUCUAUUACAUCUACAGCAACCCGCUGCCUGUGGGAGCCAAGGAGGACGAAGAAGACACAGUCAGGCAAAUUGCGCUUCAACAGCUUCCGUCCAUUGAGGAGUACGCAGAGGACCCCAGCAGUGGAGUCAUUCUGGACCCACCGAUAUUUUACAUGCAGCUUUAGAAAUGUGAUCACGUCACAUCACAUUAUUAUGAGUGUAAGAUCUAGAGUCAAAUUUACAAUUGUAAUUGUCUCAAUGAAAAACAUGCCAGGUGUGAAAACAUUGGUGUAAAAAUCUUUGUAGCUCUGGAAAGGUUUUGCAAUGCUGUAAUGAUUUCAUCACAAUUAUAAUAGCCAAGAAGAUGUUGGAUUUAGAGCUCAAGUCUACAAACCUGAAGGAUGCUUACGAACGAUACAUCAUGGGAACUGUACAAGUCUGCAGUUUUAGGAGCUUGUCCAACAGUCAAAGGUCAGGAUGUGCUGUUCGAUUUUAAAUCUUUCAUUCAGUGGCACAAGACUAAGUCAGUGCCUUCCUUACCUUAAAUUAUCUAUUUAUUUCGGACACUGCCACUGUCAUGUUGUCCUUGCUUAGGUGAUCAAAUGUCAGAUUAAUAUGGGUAGGGAGUGUACCGAGGCGGGUCAAGGGCUGGGCAGGGCUGGGCUGUCCCCCCGCCCCUUGUCGGCCGGUCGUACCUCGAUACCUGGCUGACCCCCUAUCACGUGCCCUGCUCUUUUUUAAUGCAGUACACACCAGCUUGAGGGUGGGAUACAAUAAAUAAAAAUAAACAUACAUAAUAAUGUCCAAUCAAAUCUACACAUCCAUUGAAAUUUAAAAUACUUAAUAUUUAUAAAUACAUAUAGCAUAUGGAUUAGGCAGCUGGGGUGUGCGACGGGAGCCUGUGGUGGCGAGGGACGACGAGAGUGCGGUGGUCUCUGGAUUGGUGCCCGGUGGUGCUCUCCCUCCCCUCAAUUCAAGCAUGGGAAGGGAACAGGCCUUCAACCCAAAUUAAUGAGUUCAUUAUUCAUCUCUUUCCUUUCUUUAAAUACAUAUUUGUUUGAAAUUAGAACUUUUUGUUGUUGUUGUUUUUUUCUAAUAGUAUGAGUACUGUUUAAUUAUUAUAAACAUCCCUAAUAUUAUUACAUUUUUCUUUCAAAUAUGUAUGUACAGGUGCUUUCACCCACUUCACCGAUCUACAUCCACACACACCCACAGUUAUAUUCACAAAUGUUUGGGUCUUACUUAUUACUGCUUCGCAAUUAAAAAAACAGUGUGCUAACCCCUCGUUCACCGUGCCACACAGUAAACUAAACAAAUCCAAAACAUUUUUUCAGUGUACCUAAAAGGUUCUGCACAACAGUUUUGUCAUGCACAGUGUAUUAUGUUUUGUGUGUGUGUCUGUUUAACUCCAACACCAUGUUCUAUGCUUACAAAAACAGAAGUGAUGGUCUGGGCUGAGCUAGUUUGUGAUAAAAGCU